UCCAGACGUGCUGUGAAAACAACAGGUCAGUUCCAGCUCUUGUCCGUUACUCUUUAACGGCCAACUUUGUUGCGCGUACUCGCUGCUUUUUUAAUAUUAUAUAUCUAUUUGAAACCAACGAUUAAUAGACUCUUGAUCGACGAAGGCAGCUGCUGUAAUAUCGUGUAUGUCUGGCCGGGAAAAAGUCUAUAGUUUAUUUCGUCUUUUCCACGUCGUCGUGUAGAAACUCGAAAGCCCAGGGCUACUAUUAGAUACUUUCCUUGUGUGUGUGUGGCGGCCAAGAAUAACGUCGUUUCUUUUCUUCCUGUUAUUUGUCUCGUCCGGAUUUACACGACCGACUUUUUUUCCCACUUUUCCUUCGAUGGCGCUGACGGAGUGAGUCGGCCAACCAACGUCCAUUGGUCGUCCCCCCGAAAAUCGUAAUUUUUGUGUGUCUGUGUGUUGGUGGUGGUGUAGUGACAAACUCCCCCCCUACCGACGUCUGCCAGCAGCAGAAGGGCCCAACUUGACUUCUGGUUUUUAGAAAAGAAAAAAGAAAAAAAAAAGAAAUAAAAAUAAUCUCCCGAGAGAGAGAGAGAGACAAUUUCACGCCGGAACUUGUUCUCAGUUCGGUAGGAGGUGUGAAGUGAUAUGGCGGCUCACGGGACGAACGGACGGGCUCCCAAAAGACCCAGGACUGAUCAGCAGCAGGAUAAUGCCCAGCGUGUAAGUUUGUGAGUGUGGUUGAUUGCCUGCCUGCCCCCCUCCUUCUUCCUAUAGACGACACAGACGAAAGUUUGGGGCUCGAUAAGCUGCUGCUGCUGCUCUGCUGCUGCUGCUGCUGCCCACCACGAAAAAGUUUGAAAUCGAUCAGUUGUGACAAGUCGGCGAAACCUCGCAUGACAGGCCGGGAUUAGCACACGACUGACGUCCAACUAGCAGCUGUGCGGUCCAUCCAGAAAUGUUGCCCCAUAACUGGUAUGGUGGAGAGCGUGGAGGUGGCUGGGAGUUCAAGGAGGAGGACGGAGGAUUCAAAAAGAAGGACUUUCCCGAGAACCACAUCUUGCUGUUCACCAUCGUGAACCCGGUCUACCCAAUCACAGUGGAUGUGCUGCACACCAUCACCCAGGCCUUUGGAGAAGUCCUACGCAUCGUCAUCUUCAAGAAACACGGCGUCCAAGCCAUGGUCGAGUUUGCCAAUGUGGAUAUGGCAAGGGCUGCCAAAGAAGGUCUAGAUGGAGCUGACAUUUAUUCCGGCUGCUGCACCUUGAAAAUCGAAUACGCUAAGCCAACCAGGUUGAAUGUCCACAAAAACGAUUCAGAGACGUGGGAUUACACGACACCUACACCGGGAGCAGAUUCACAAAGACAGAGGCCAGCACCGUUAUUACCGGAACCUGCUGGCGGACCUCAGGGAUUCCGGGGAUCACCCGAGUAUGGACGGACGGCGGAACGACACGAGAACGGAUUCGGUGUCCGGCAGGGGCGUGACGGCGCCACGCCGAGGUUCGACUACGAGGAAAGUGCCGGCGGGGCUGGCGGGCGGUUCGGUGGUGAGCCGUCACGGUCCAUUGGAGGCGGCAGAGCUCCCGGCCAGAGGUUUGGCGGUCAACCCGGCGGUCCGCCCGUCCAGAGCCGGGGCUCGCGGGGUGUCGUGGACGCCACUGACGGCCCCCAAGAAGGCGCCGUCCUCAUGGUCUACGGUCUCAACAUGGAGAAGAUGAACGCCGACCGGCUCUUUAAUCUCCUCUGUCUCUACGGAAACGUCUUUAAAAUAAAAUUUCUCAAAACCAAAGAAGGCUCGGCUAUGGUUCAGAUGGGCGAUGCCCCUUCGGUCGACCGGGCCAUUUUUUACCUCAACGGCCUGGAUUUCUUCAACACGAAAAUGAACGUCAAUUAUUCCAAACAGGCCUUUUUGGCGGACGUGUCGAUGCCGUACGACCUGCCGGACGGGACGCCUUCCUUCAAGAGUUUCGUCAACAGCAAGAACAAUCGCUUCCUCAACUCUGACAUGGCCUCGAAAAAUCGACUGCAGCCGCCUUGCAAAGUCCUCCACUUCUACAACACUCCGCCCGGCCUCACCGAGGAGGACCUGCGCAAAGUUUUCGAAGAGAACGGAACGGCUUUCCCCGCCGAUAUCCGGCUCCUGCAGAACAAGAGUGAAAAAAGUUCGUCCGGCCAUUUGGAGUUUAGCACGCUCCAGGAGGCCGUCGAAGCCCUCGUCAUCUGCAACCACAUUCCCCUUUCCGGCGCCAAUGUCAAAUGGCCCUAUACGACUAAAUUGUGUUUUUCGACCCCACGGCCUGGCCAAGCCGAGCAGACGCAGUGAUGAUGACCACACAUGUACACACAAGUUUAUCAAACCAAACCAGGAGCUUGACCAAAAUGAUUUUUCGUCAGAUGAUUCAGAAAACUUAACCAGAAAAAAAAAAGUUGAAUUUUUUUUUUCCUUUUGUUCGAGAGAUAAAAACAAAUUUAGGAAGAAUGUUGAUAGGAGCCCACAGCUGAAGUUCAUUUCAAGAGAGACGGAGAAGAAGACAACACAAUUGACGAGGCAUUUUGUUAUAACAUGUAAAACACAUACACGAGUCGCGCAGAGAGAGAGUGAAGCACUACCUCCAAAAAUUCAGAAUGAUUCAAGUCAAACACACAGAUUUAAUUUUUUUUUCUAAUUUCUCCCCCAUUUUUUCGUGUUCUUAAUUUGUUUUUUUCUUUUGGGUUACAUUUCCCCCUUUUUUUCGCAUGCCAUAUCUCGGUGUAAUAUUUCUUUCAUUUUUUUUUUCUGAAAUUGUUGACAGACUUUGGGUAAAAACGUUGACUGUUGAAAAACGAGAAAAUUAAGUACACGCGUGUUUUUUUUCGUGUU